AUGUUUACUUUUGCAGGCCUAUGCAUUGCCGGCGCCCUUCUACUUUAUCCAGCCUCGGCAAGCGUCUACGUCGAUCGUCUUGUCGAUCGUGGCCUUCUUCCAAGUCAAGCCCGUGUGCCACGUGGCAGUUUAGCUGAUCUCUUCACCUUCCUCUUUCUCCAGCCCUCGACACCACUUCUGGAAACGUCCAAGUCCCCGCCACGGUCAACUUCAUUAUUCUCGACAGUCCCCGACUCAGUACCAGCCAACACUCAGACAGGCAUAUCUGCAAACUUGGCUGCUUCACACAGCUAUGACCCUCUGUCCGCACAAGGGGUUGGUCCAACCCCUCUGAACAACCAAGCAACUCAGAAUGCUUUUAAUUCAUCUCACUUACCUUUGGGUCAGGUGUCACGGCCUGAGAUGGUGGGACUUUCUUUGAAAAUCUCUGCUCCAGGCAACUUUGUCACACACUUGAGCCACUCUGGAGAGCCUCAAAUCCUCCUGCAUCAUGUUGGAUAUGCCUACUGUUUGAGUGUCGCGGCUGCGACAUUUUUCUGUCUGUCGGCCGCCUGUCUCAAUCUUGACAUCUUCAUUCAGGCCAGCGUCCGACCACUCAGCUACCUGUCAACCAGAUUGUUACAGCAUCAGGCAAGAAGAAUAAAUAGACAAUGCAAACAGGACAGUGUGCAAAAUGAAAAGGAAGAAGAAGCAAUACAUUCCCCGGCUCCGCGAAGUAAUGGAAACACAUCAUGA